GGCCCUGCUCCGUUGCCACGGUAACCGUUCCUUCCCGGAAGUGACGCACCGGAAGCGGAAGCGUCGCCAUGAAGCUGCUGACCCACAACCUGCUGAGCUCUCACGUGCCGGGGCUGCGGCCCGGGGGCGGCUUCCCCCUGCGGAUCGAGGCCGUGGAGGUGCAGGUGCGGCCGGUGCCGUUCAACGCCGCGUUCGUGGCGCGGCUGCUGCCGAGGCUGCGCUGGGACGCGCUCAGGGAGGCGGCCGAGAGCCUGGGGCGCCCCUCGGAGCUGCCCCCCGAGCCCCUCCCCAACUCCGAGAGCGAUGAGGAAUUCCUGCGCCGCGUCCACCACGUCCUGCUCGAGGUGGAGGUGCUCGAGGGCUCCCUGCAGUGCCCGGACUCCGGGCGUCGCUUCCCCAUCUCCAAGGGGGUCCCCAACCUCCUCCUGAGCGAGGACGAGGCCUGAGGAGGGGUCGGGACCGCCAAAUUCACCCCCAAAAUGGGGCUCAGCCCCUCCCCCCCCCGGACAGGAUUGUGGGGAGCGCGGGAAAACCCCAAAUUCCCGCGGUUUUGCCCCAAAAAUGAGGCCCCAAUUUCGCCCCCACCGCUUUAAAUCUGAGGGGGCGUGGCCUUCUCAACCUCAUUUGCAUAUGGGCGUGGCCAAGCCUCCAUUUAUGCAAAUUAGAACUCUGCUUAUUUGCAUUUUAGGCGGGAGUUUGUUUUAUUUGCAUAAUGGGCGGGAAAUUCCUGGGUUUUCCUCCCUAAUUCCCCGUUUUUCUCCCUAAAUCUCUCCUUCCUUCCCAAAUUUCUCGGUUUUGCCCCAAAUCCUUUUAUUUUCCCUAAAUUUCACCAUUUUUUUCCCUCCCAAGUUCCUCUUUUUAUCUCAAAAUCCUCCGGUUUUGCCCUCAAAUUCCUCUCCUUUCUCCUCAUUCCCUCCUUUGUGCCCCCGAACUUGGAUUUUACCCCAAAAUCUCAAUUUUUUCCCCAUUUUUUUGCCCCCAAAUCCUUUCUAUUCCAAACCUCCCGUUUUUCCCCAGUCUCCGCCUCUUUCUCCGCUGCUUUCCCCUGGUUUCCCUUCCCGACCUUCUGACCCGUUACAUUUUUAACAUUUCCCAUGGAUUUAAUAAAAAAUCCCCAUUUUUUGGGCUCGAUUUUGGGCCGGAAUCGCC